CUGCGACAACGGCGGGUUCCUGCAUAGAGAAACUGAUGCCGAUAUGAGUGAAUGGAAAUAGUCAGCUGCUAUAAGAAAAUGGAAAGAGUCCUUUGUGAAACCCACGGCAGCACAUGCUUGUUGAAGACUGGUGUAAAGGAAGGGCCGAGUAAGGGCAAAAGUUUCUAUGUUUGCACUGCGCGUGAUUCUUCGCCCUGUAACUUUUCACUACCUGCAGAGAUUCCCCCAUCUCACUGCCUUCAGCAUGAGGACUCCAUGGUUGAACUUCAGGCUCUGAUUUACAGUGAAAAACAGGACAAACACAAGUUGUUUUAUCGCUGCAUGCUGGGAAAAACCGAGGGACAGAAGUGGUGUGGCUGUGUUCCACGGAGAGAGAUACAGUACAUGCACGAUAAAGAACCUGAGAGAAGGGCUGAUUUAUUAGAACAAAAUCUUCAACCCUCCUGCCUCGCAUCAGAAAGGAACCCUUUCAAAGUCAAACGAGACAAAACUUCAGAGUCCCGGAGGGGUCCAAACGGUGAAAUUGAUAGAGGAAAGAUCAAAGAGGAAAAUAAACCUGUAAAUGUUGAAGAUCAUGGCAAAGCUAAAAAUGAAGAAGGACAUGGCAAGACAGCAAAGAUUGAAAGGGAAAACAAGAAUGGGCCGGAGAGUCAAGGUGGCUUGGACAGAGAAGGAGAAUAUUCUGCAGUUUCAGAGUCUUGGAGGAAUAAGAAGCUUCCUGCUGGGAUGAAGAUAAAGAAAAGAGUGUCUGAUGAUGAGAGAAAAGGCAGCGAAAGCAAUGAGAGUACAGCAGAAGACAUGGCGUGCACUGAGAGCCCGAACAUCGUGAAGGAAAUUAGGAGUGAUCAAGGAUCAAGGAGUGAAUCAUGUAGCCUCAAAGACCAGCAGGUACAGAAGUCUAAAGUAACAGGUGGUUCUUCACAAAGCCCUUCAAAGAGCACAUCUGGGUGUGAUAAGAAAGCUGCAGCGGAGAAUGAGGCAAAAGACAACGUGUUCUCUGACAAGAAAAGCACUUCUAAUUCCAAAUCCGAUACAGAGCCUACAGCACUUAAUGUUCAGAACACACCAAACCAGAGUCAGGAGAAGGACCAGAAGGGGACUGUAAGCUCUCCAUUUGGUGAGUGGAGUGAUGAAGAUGAUGAUGUUCAGCUGGUAUCUGUACAGCCUGGCUCCCAGCAGAGUGCCCCAGUUCUAGGUGCACCAGUACAGAAAACGCUCACUGCUUACCCUGGUUUCCAGCCUGCUUCUAAAGUCAAGGGUCAGUCUGAGGACCCCAUGGCACUCCACAGCAGUCUUACAGCCCAACUCAAGCAGAAGAAGGCUACUCUUUCAGUGGUGAAUGUGUCUGCUUUGCCAGAUAAAGGGGAGCGUUUGAAGAGUCAAGUGAAGGAGCUGGAAGAGGCUCUGGAGUCUCUGAAUCUGACCACAGCUUCUCUGCCUGAGUCUCAGGAUAAAGGCAGUGAGGCAGAAAAGAAACCUGCACCCAUCCAGUCCAAUCCUUUCAUCCGACCUGGAAGCACCAUCCACUUGCCCACAGCUCCAACCUUCAUGCUGCAGGAAGCUUCUAGCAGCUCACUGGGCCUGAGCAAGGGCUACACACAAAUGUUUGGAGAGAAUCCUCAGAACCAGGGCUUCUAUGGUGGCAGGAUGACUGAGAACAGACUGCUGGCUGUCCGCAAUGCCACCACCGAGGCCAUUGACCAUCUGCACGACUCUCUGGAGUCCUGCCCUGCAGAAGACACAGAGGAACAGGAUCCCAAAGGAAUCAAGGUGGAACUGUUGCCUCACCAGAGGAGAGCUCUGACCUGGCUGCUGUGGAGAGAGACACAGAAACCCUGCGGGGGAAUUCUGGCUGAUGACAUGGGCCUGGGAAAGACCCUCACUAUGAUCUGUCUCAUUCUUACUCAGAAGAAGAAAGAUAAUAAACUGGAGGAGUGGAUCUCUAAAAAUGAUUCAACCUUAGUGGCUUCUCAGGGGACAUUGAUCAUCUGUCCUGCUUCUCUGGUGCAUCACUGGAAGAAAGAAAUUGAAAAGCGUGUGAAGAGUAGUUGCCUCAGUGUGUGCUUGUACCAUGGCCCCAACCGACAGAGGAGUGCAAGCAUACUUGCUGAGCAUGAUGUUGUGAUCACCACAUAUAGUCUGGUCUCUAAGGAGAUCCCUGUCCGGAAAGAGGAUGCAGAGAAACCCUCUCAAGACUCUGAUUAUGUGGCUUCAAACCUGCCUCCUCUCUUACGUGUUGCCUGGGCACGUGUGAUUCUCGAUGAGGCUCACAACAUUAAGAACCCUAAAGUCCAGACGUCCAUGGCGGUGUGUAAGUUGCGGGCCAGAUCACGCUGGGCUGUCACUGGAACCCCUAUUCAGAACAACCUGCUGGAUAUGUACUCACUGCUGAAGUUUCUGAGAUGCUCUCCAUUUGAUGAGUAUAAGCUGUGGAAGGCUCAGGUAGAUAACGGCUCAAAGAGAGGAGGAGAGAGACUGAACAUCCUCACUAGAGCACUGCUGCUACGCAGGACCAAAGACCAGCUGGACUCUACUGGCAAACCACUGGUCUCUUUGCCUGAUCGGACCUGUGAGGUUCACAGGUUGAAGCUGUCUGAAGAUGAGCAGUCUGUAUAUGAUGUUGUGUUUGCACAAUCCAGGUCCACACUUCAGAACUAUCUGAAGAGACACGAAGGAGGAAACGCUAAAAAAGGGGACAAUAGUAAUCCUUUUGAGAAAGUUGCACGGGAGUUUGGGAUGUCUCAGCAGGACUCGCUGUCUUCCUCUCAGCAGCCUCCGGCCUCCAGCACCAUCCACAUCCUCUCACUCCUGCUGCGGCUCAGACAGUGCUGCUGCCAUCUGUCUCUGCUCAAGAAGACUCUGGAUCAGUCAGAGCUGCAGGGUGAUGGUGUAGCUCUGUCUCUUGAAGAGCAGCUAUGUGCUCUGUCUUUGUCUGAACCUUCAGACUCUGACCUGAAAGACACUGUCUCUCUCAACGGCAGCCGCUUCAGCUCAGAAAUCUUCCAGGAGAGUCGUGAAAGCACUAAGAUUUCAGCCAUUCUGACAGAGUUGAGAGAAAUUCGAAAGAAAGAUCAGAAAAGUGUGAUUGUGUCUCAGUGGACCAGUAUGCUAAACAUUGUUGCUGGUCACCUGGAGAAAAUGGGUCUGAAGUUUGCUGUAAUUGAUGGCACAGUCAAUCCUAAACGCAGAAUGGACCUAGUGGAGGAGUUUAACACUAACCCUAAAGGACCACAGGUGAUGCUGGUGUCUCUGUGUGCUGGAGGUGUGGGAAUUAAUCUCAUUGGAGGGAAUCAUCUUUUCCUUAUCGACAUGCACUGGAACCCAGCACUUGAGGACCAGGCAUGUGAUCGGAUCUAUAGGGUGGGACAGCACCGGGAUGUUACAAUACACAGGUUUGUGUGUGAAGGUACAGUGGAGGACAAGAUCUCCUCUCUACAGGAGAAGAAGAAGGAGCUGGCCCAGAAAGUCUUGUCUGGUACUGGAUCCUCAUUCACUAAGCUGUCUCUGGCAGAUCUCAGGGUCAUCUUUGGUGUGUGAUGUGCAUUAUAUUUAAUAAAACAAAUAUUAGUCUGCA